GCCAAAACAGGAACAGGGGUGGCAAAUCAUUGUGCGAGGGCGAGUGGACCUCCCUCUUCGCCUCCUCCCUGCUCCAGGCGCGGGUCCCCUGGGCUCUGCGCCGCUGUUCUCAGCACUCGGGAAAGCCGCCUCUUCAGAUCCAGGCAAGUCCAUCUAGCCAGGGAGUUUUCCGUUCAGCACCUCGGACAGAGCACGCAGCAAAAAAAAUGGCUCCGAUCGCUACCAGCCGGGAAGAAUUUGAUGAAAUCCCCACAGUGGUGGGGAUCUUCAGUGCAUUCGGACUCGUCUUCACUGUCUCUCUCUUUGCAUGGAUCUGCUGUCAGAGAAAAUCAUCCAAGUCUAACAAGACUCCUCCAUACAAGUUUGUUCAUGUGCUUAAAGGAGUCGAUAUUUAUCCUGAAAACCUAAAUAGCAAAAAGAAGUUUGGAGGAGAUGACAAGAAUGAUGUAAAGAAUAAGCCAGCUGUGCCAAAGAAUUCAUUGCAUCUUGAUCUUGAGAAGAGAGAUCUUAAUGGCAAUUUCCCCAAAACAAACCUCAAAGUGGGCAGCCCUUCUGAUCCAGAGAAUGUGACCCCGAAGCUCUUAUUAGAAGGAGAAAAAGAGGCAGUUUCCCCUGAUAGCUUAAAAUCCAGCACAUCCCUCACUUCAGAAGAGAAGCAAGAAAAGCUGGGAACCCUCUUCUUCUCCCUAGAGUACAACUUUGAGAAGAAGGCAUUCGUGGUGAACAUCAAGGAGGCCCGGGGCUUGCCAGCCAUGGAUGAGCAGUCUAUGACCUCUGACCCGUACAUCAAAAUGACCAUCCUCCCCGAGAAGAAGCAUAAAGUGAAAACCAGAGUGCUGAGGAAGACCUUGGAUCCAGCUUUUGAUGAGACCUUCACAUUCUAUGGCAUCCCCUACACCCAAAUCCAAGAGCUGGCCUUGCACUUCACAAUCUUGAGUUUUGACAGGUUUUCAAGAGAUGAUAUCAUUGGAGAAGUCCUUAUUCCUCUCUCAGGAAUUGAAUUAUCUGAUGGGAAAAUGUUAAUGAACAGAGAGAUCAUCAAAAGAAAUGUUAGGAAGUCUUCAGGACGGGGUGAGCUACUGAUCUCCCUCUGCUAUCAGUCUACUACAAAUACUCUCACUGUGGUUGUUUUAAAAGCUCGACACCUUCCUAAAUCUGACGUUUCUGGACUUUCAGAUCCCUAUGUCAAAGUGAACCUGUACCAUGCCAAAAAGAGAAUCUCCAAAAAGAAGACUCAUGUGAAGAAAUGCACCCCCAACGCAGUAUUCAAUGAACUGUUUGUCUUUGAUAUUCCUUGUGAGGGUCUUGAAGAAAUAAGUGUUGAAUUUCUGGUUUUGGAUUCUGAAAGGGGGUCCCGAAAUGAGGUGAUUGGGCGGUUGGUCCUAGGUGCAACGGCUGAAGGAACCGGUGGGGAGCACUGGAAGGAGAUCUGUGACUUCCCCAGGAGACAAAUUGCCAAGUGGCACAUGCUCUGUGAUGGUUAGCGUCCUAGCCAUGAGUUGGAACUUAAGGGUUUUUACUAGGCAAGGAGAAAUUUUUUUUUUCUUAUAUGUGAUUGUAAGUUUGUGACACAACAAGCCACCUUUUGUUGGUAAGAAAUGGAUUGAAUUAGUAGACCAGAAAGUAACUGUAAAUGUGCAUCAUGAUAAUUUCCCCCUUUAGUAGCAAAGUUGGAUAAAUUUUCAUAAGAUAUUUGAUUUCCCCUGCAGGUUGUCAGUGACAUAAAUAGGGAUGGUCAAUCCUGUUGUGAACACUGCACUAGAAUCC